AUGAUUAAGAAUGUUUUAAUAAAUAUCUUGCGAUUAACGUGUCAUUCUUUAAUAGCUUUUACCGUGAUAUCUGCUAUAUUAUAUAUAUUAUUCGAAGAGAAGGAUUUCCGUUUGAGGCUCAAGGCUAUUGGACCUACGAGCCAUAUUCUCAUGGGCGGAAUUAAUUACUGCUCACUUCUGCACCAUAAUGAUCGGAUACGCACGUCUAUAGAGCAUAUGGAGACCGAUUGGCGGAUGACGAAGAGAGAAUACGAUCGGGCAUUAAUGCUGCGAAACGCGAGAGUGGGACGCGUUAUAGUGGGCAUUUGCGCACUCAUCAUGCAAGGUGGCGUUAUUUGUUACAAUAUAGCGAGAGGAAUGUCACGGAUAUCAGUGGAAAUCGGUAACAAGACGAUCGAAACAGGCCGCUUACCAUGUCCGUCCUUCAACAAAAUCGUAGAUACCAGACUUAGCCCAGUAUACGAGGUCGUGCUCACGUUGCAGUGUCUCUCGACCAUCGUGGUAAAUAAUAUUACGAUCGGUGCAUGCGGUCUCGCCGCGGUUUUCGCGAUGCACGCUUCCGGCCAACUCAACGUAGUGAUGCUACGUCUCGAAGAACUCGUCACCGAGCGACAAGAUCUCCUUCAGUUGAGACUGGCGAACAUUGUGGAGCAUCACCUGCGAGCAUUGAGGUUUCUUUCAAAUUUGGAGGCAAUUAUGCGUGAAAUAUGUUUUGUGGAAUUAAUCGGGUGUACAUUCAACUUGUGCAUGUUAGGAUAUUACACCAUUACGGUAUGCUUAAAAUUUAAGAAAGGUGAAUAUGUGACAGAUUGCCUAUCGUUAUUACCUAUUUUGAUUGUUGAUGCUAUUACUUUGUAUAUUUUUCAGGAAUGGCAUGAAGAGAGUAUAAACACUAUAAUAACAUAUAUCAUGGUAUUAACAGCAAUGAUGUUUAAUAUCUUCAUAUUUUGCUUCAUUGGCGAACUCGUGUCGGAUCAGUGUAAAAAAGUUGGUGAAGUAGCUUAUAUGACAGACUGGUAUCAAUUGCCGCAUAAAACCGUUCUUGGUCUUAUUUUAAUAAUCUUGCGAUCAAGAAUUGUUAUCAAAAUCACGGCUGGAAAAAUAUUUCAUAUGUCUAUCCAGACUUUCGGUGUUAUUCUGUACUAUAGAUUUAGAGUAGAGGUGGCUAUUAGUACGCAUAGUUAA